GCUACCGUUUCCGGUGCAGUGAGUCGCUACGUUGCUUGGAGACGGGAUCGAUAGUUUAGAUGCCAGACACUGAACUGGUUAGCUAGCUGUGGAGUGCAAGCCACCGUUCUAGGCUAUUUAAGUUUUCUCAAUAUUACGUUUUUAAUUACUAAUUGCUUUGCAUUCAUACCCAUGAAUUUAUUGCGAUCGUAGCACAUGUUUUUUUCAGGCUCCGCUUCUCCUGAGCAAUCCGGGUGGUAUCAAAAUGAUCCUGUCCAGGGUAAAGCCAGCAGUUGGCGGAGAGGCUCCAGCCAGUGAGAAGAAGAAGAACAAGGGGAAGAAGACCCCCCGAGUGGAGGAUUACCUAACCCAGAGGGACUACCUGGGAGCCGUCACGCAGCUGGAGUUCCAGCGAAGUGUUGGAGAGCGAGAAGAGAGUACCAGCUUAUGGCUUGGCUAUUGCGCCUUUCACCUGGGGGACUACAGGAGAGCCAUGGAGGAGUACAAAGCUCUGAGCCAGAGACCAGGCUGCUCCGCUGACGUCUGGGUCUACCUGGCCUGCACGCUCUUCUUCCUGGGCCUGUACAAGGAGGCAGAAGAGGCUGCCCUCAAGGCUCCAAAGAGUCAACUGCAGAAUCGCUUACUCUUCCACCUGGCACACAAGUUUAAUGAUGAGAAGAAGCUGAUGGGCUUCCACCAGAAUCUGGAGGACGUGACCGAGGACCAGCUGAGCUUGGCUUCCAUCCACUACAUGCGCUCGCAUUACCAGGAGGCCAUCGACAUCUACAAGCGCAUCCUGCUGCAGAACAGGGAUUUCCUGGCCCUCAAUGUGUACGUAGCCCUGUGCUACUACAAACUGGAUUACUAUGACGUGUCCCAGGAGGUCUUGGCGGUGUACUUACAGAGCAUCCCCGACUCAACCAUUGCCCUCAACCUCAAGGCCUGUAACCACUUCAGGCUGUACAAUGGGAAGGCUGCUGAGGCGGAGCUGAAGAACCUGAUAGAUAUCUCCUCCAGCUCCUUCGAGUUCGCUAAAGAGCUCAUCCGACACAACCUGGUCGUGUUUCGCGGUGGAGAGGGAGCCCUGCAGGUCCUGCCGCCGCUUGUCGACGUCAUCCCUGAGGCCCGGCUCAACCUGGUCAUCUACUACCUCAGGCAAGACGAUGUCCAAGAAGCUUACAAUCUCAUCAAAGACCUGGAACCCACCACACCACAGGAGUAUAUUUUAAAAGGCGUGGUGAAUGCUGCCUUAGGGCAAGAAAUCGGAUCGAGGGAUCACUUGAAGAUCGCUCAGCAGUUUUUCCAGCUAGUUGGUGGCUCAGCUAGUGAAUGUGACACCAUCCCUGGCAGACAGUGCAUGGCUUCUUGUUUCUUCCUGCUGAGGCAGUUUGAAGACGUUCUCAUUUACCUGAACUCGGUGAAGAGCUACUUCUACAAUGAGGAUACUUUUUACUUCAACUAUGCCCAAGCCAAGGCAGCUGUCGGCAACUACAGGGAGGCAGAGGAGGUGUUCCUGUUGAUUCAGAGUGAGAAGAUCAAGAAUGAUUAUGUAUAUCUCAGCUGGCUGGCGCGCUGCUACAUCAUGAACAAGAAGGCCCACUUAGCCUGGCAGCUGUACUUAAAGUUGGAGACGUCGGCAGAGUCCUUCAGCCUCCUGCAACUCAUCGCUAAUGACUGCUAUAAGAUGGGGCAGUUCUAUUAUGCUGCCAAGGCGUUUGAUGUGCUGGAGAGGCUGGACCCAAACCCCGAAUACUGGGAGGGCAAGAGGGGAGCCUGUGUGGGCAUCUUUCAGCUCAUACUUGCCGGCAGGGAGCCCAGAGAGACGCUGAGGGAGGUCCUUCCUCUGCUGAGGAACACUGGCAACUCGCAGGUGGAAUAUAUCAUCAGAGCCCUGAGAAAGUGGGCCAAGGACAACCGGGUCUCCCUGUGAUGAUGGGCACACCAUAAAGCACUUGGUACACAAAACAGGGAACCGGGACAGAAAUGGAAAAAGGGACAAGAAUGGGACGUGAACAGGCAGCCCCUGGGAAAUUAGUAAUUCUAGGAAUGACUGCAAGUGUUAAAGACAUGGUUACAUUCUGCAUCAGCACCCAAUUCCCAGUUUAGAAACAUUUUUAUAUGGAGAAGCAGACCUGUAUGUUUGACUUGGCCUCAUGCAACAACGUUAUGUAAUGAGAUUCCCAUCUAUCGUGAAUAACUGCAUCUCAAAGGACCGUAAUGUGAUGUAAAGGUAUUGAUAUAGAAAUGAAGAGAAGCAGAUCUGCACGCAGCUAAUUCAUAUGCAUUAUUUACCGAACAUUGUUAGUGUUUUCUGAAUCACUGUAUAUCGUUGAUAGCCUAUAAAUAAAACACUUGCCUAGAUUAUUUGCAUUAAUUGUACGUAUCACAGUUUUUGUAGUAUUUUUUUACUUAAUGUUUUUUGUAGUGUUAUGUUGUUGAAGUGUAUUAUUAAAAUUGUAUAUUUUUAUUCAAAA